AUGACCGUGUGCAAGUUCUUCCAGCAAGGCAAUUGCAGAUAUGGUAGUAAUUGUCGAUUCGAACAUCCCGCAGUCGCGAACAACCGAUUUGGCGCGCUCGCGUCGGGGGACGGCGGAGGGAAUCGAGGACUCAAAGAUGCGCUCGCAAAAUACAGCAUAACAACCGAGGGGAUUGAAAAAGAUCUCACCACCGACACACCGCAAUGGAUCCUGUCUGCCUACGCCCCCGGGCGAAACGCACCAGAACAGCUGUUUGGGGGGUUUCCUCGAGAACAGAGCUUCGAAGAGAUGAGGAUGCAUUACCUCACAGCAAAGGCCUCCGGAAACGAACAACAAGCUCUGAAUGAAGCGCAGGAGCUCUACCACAACGCUCAGCAGCAGAUGCAGACGGCAGUGAGAAAUGUUCAAGACGCGGCUCGUUUCAUCGUCGAGGCCGAAAACAAGCACCCGAAUAGACUAGACAUAUGCCGGGAAGGGACACAGGGCGCUCCAUUUGGCGAAUUCCUCAUCGGAAAGAGACCUGCAUCCGUGGCUCAUCCAGCACAGCAACCGAACCCUUUCAGCACCGGCGCCGGCAGCACGGCAUCUUCGCUGGGCGGUGGAACUGCCACCUUGCAGACUCCAAGUGCUUUUGGACAACCGGCUGCUUUAGGGCAGCGGCCGAAUCCUUUCGGUGCGCCGGCUUUCGGGCAGCCGGCUUCAGCAUUUGGUCAGCCCUCACAACAAGCGUCGGCUUUCGGCCAACCCUCACAGCCAGCAGCUCCAGCCUUUGGGCAAAGUGCUCAAACAACGUCGGCAUUUGGACAAGCCUCCACUCUAGGAGCCAAACCGAGCCCGUUUGGAACACCAUCAUUCGGUCAAGCGGCCUGGGCUGCAAAUCCACAGGGGAGUGCGUUUGGUCAAGUCGGCCAACUGGGAGGCGCAAAACAAAAUCCUUUUGCUUCCAGCGGCAGCGCCAACAAUGCUGCAAGUCCGUUCGGAACCGUCAACGUCAAAAACGACAACAGUGCGCCGCCGCCUGCUAAUCCGUUCGCAAGCUCAAACACUGCGCCGAGUAAUCCUACGUCUAGUCCCUUCGCAUCCAGCGCCCUGAACCAGAACGGCAAUGCGAGCCAGCCGAACCCCUUUGACCAACAACAGACAUCGAAUCCGAGUCCUUUCGGCCAAGCUGCCCAGGUUGCCAAAUCGAAUCCUUUUGCCGCCGCCAUCUCGUCCGAGCCUUUACAAUCCAGCGACCCAUUCGCGCAGAAUGCACAAAAGCAGAGCAACACUCCGUUUGGAGCAAAUGCCAGUUCCAACACAUUUGGGGAAAACUCUUCUCAGUCACAAAAUCCGUUUGCCUCGGGCGGCAGCCAAACGCAGCAAGCGCCCGCUGCUCCCGCUGCAGCUGCAGCCUCUGACGCAAGAAAUCCAUAUCCUCCAGGAUGCGCCAAGCAUCACCCAUCGAUUGAAAGCCAUGCAACCAAGAAGAUGGACGGGACUCUUGCUUCUUUCAAGGGGAAAGCCGUUUCAUACAAGGGCAACCUGCCUGGCAUCCUAGGGUUCGACGGCACUUGGACUCGCAUUUGGUUUCCAGCAGGCGCCCCGGGCUAUUACAAAGACACAGAACUACCUCCCGAGCAGUAUGAUGAGACGUCCAAAAUGCAAUGGGCUGCCUUUGUUCAAACAGGGACGUUUGGCGAUGGUAUUAUGCCAGAGCUACCACCUCGGCGAGAAUUUACACAGUGGGACUUUUGA